AUGGAAUCUGCAGCCCCAGCGAAGCGACAAUGGAAGGGCCGCACCGACGAGCAGAAAGCCGAGCGAGCCAAAAAGCGCCAGGAACAAAAGUCCGGGCUCAACGCGCGACAAGCACGUACAUCAACUGGCAAGAAGCCAACGAAAGUGCAACGCGUGUUCAACAUACUUGACGAAUGGAAACCAGAGGAGUUGGGAUUCACAGCCGGCAUCAAAGAAAUCGAGUUCGGGCCAGACUUCGUGGUGCAGGACAUUACCGGCCACAACGGCCGCACAGGCAGCUUGAACCUAGACAAUCUCAAGCCCAUGGCUGACGACCCCGUCAUCUCCGUCAGCGCACCCAAACUCAAAACCCUAGACUUGCGUCGCGCGAUCAACGCUGCACAGCAAGAAGACUACUACGAUGUUCUGAGAGCUGUUACAAGACCGGAGGGUCGGAAGAAUAAGCUGGAAGUGCUGUUCCAGCAUCCGACUUAUCAUUGGGAGAAGGGUUACAAGAAUGGCAGGGAGAAGCAGCCGAGAAUGACCCAAGCGAUGAAGGAGAAGGAGAUGCUUGAGGAGGUGAUGUGGGCGGUGAAAGGUAAUAGGGGGUUUGAUAUCGAUGAUGAGGAUGAUGGGUACGGGACUGAUUAUAGUGCGAUAAGUGCGAUUGUUCAUGGGGCGAUGUAG